UGCAAAAAAGAUAGGCAGAAUCUCCCGGAAAAAGGAUUUGAUGGGUGGAGGAAAGCCAAAAGCGGCGACGCAUGAUGGCGUUGGGCAACAAACUGCUGGAGCGCACGGUGGCGAUAAUGAGUGUAAUCCCCAAUAACGAACACAAUCGAAAUCCCCAAUUCCGUCCGUGUUUCUUCGAAUCGUUUCCCAGCCAUGGAUCCCAAUCGCACGAUCUUGAGCUUCGGCUACGAUCAUCAAGCGGUGCGACUGUCGGACUCGCGAGCGACGAAUCGUCUCCCGGAUCUGCAUCCUCCUCGAGCGAACCCGAACUUGGAUCGGAGCCAAAGAUGCAUAAGGUCUAGGAAGCCGCCGCCGCCUACAAAAGCGGCGACGAGGUCCCCGAUGACGAUGAUGCAGGUGACAGCGACGAGGAAGAAGAGGAAGAAGAAUUCUAUCAUCAUUAACUCAAUUGAUUGGAUGCAUUUGUAAGAAUGGAACCCAACUAAAAAAUAAUUUGAACAAACACCCAGCUAGUACUACAUUUAAUGUCUACUUCUAUGAAAUUUAAAUAUAAGUUUCUCGGUUCCUUUGGUUUGAAAAUGGAUGUUACUUAGUAGUGGAUAUAGAAAUUUUACAUAGGGGUGUCAUUUUUCAAAAUUAAAUUAAAAUGAUAAUU